CAGAUGAAAACACAAUUCUGAAGGGGUGACACACAGAAGAAUAUGCAAAUUGUAGGCUAAAGACAUAUUUAUAACCAGGAAUUUUAUCUCGUCUCUCCCCAAAUAUCAAUUGUCGGCAUUUGUAGAGAGUAUUGGACCAAUGAGCUCUAUGUCAUCAUCCUUGUCUUUCCUCGCACUUACAUCACCUCUUCACGUAUCAAGACAACGUCUUAGUUUACAGCAAGCUCAUAGUUGCUACCAACAAUAUGCUUUCAAUAGUCAUGGUAACAUUACCCUUUCAAUCCAUGUCCAAUUAGCAUCCCCUCAUCCAUUUCCGUCCAGUAAUUUGAAAUCCUGUUGUAGUGCUAUUGCUUCAUCAAAUGACGGAACAGUAUCUAUGAUUAAUUUUGAAGAUGUAAUGGAAAAGGACUGGUCAUUUCUUGAGUAUCCAGAUUCCAGUGAAGAACAUAAGCAAAAAAUUGAUGAGAUCAUAUCAGCAGGAGAGAUCACGGAGACUUCCAAGGUUGUGAUAGCAAUUAGUUCUGAUGAAUUUGUUGAUAGAGUAGUUGAUUCAUCGAAUUGCAAGCAACUACUUGUCGUUCAUGACUCUCUUUUCAUGUUAGCAUGCAUCAAGGAAAAAUACGACAAGGUUAAGUGUUGGCAAGGGGAAUUGAUAUACAUACCAGAUAAGUGGACACCUUUUGAUGUUGUUUUUCUCUACUUCCUUCCUGCAUUGCCGUUUGAACUUGAUCAAAUUCUGGAUGCACUAAGAAAACGUUGUUCGCCAGGUGCAAGAGUUGUGAUUAGUCAUCCACAAGGCAGACAAAUGGUUGAAGAGCAACAGAAACAAUAUCCUGAUGUGGUUGUCUCAAACUUACCAGAGAAGAUGCUGCUGCAAAAUGUUGCUGCACACCAUUCAUUUGAAGUAGUCAAAUUUGUAGAUGAGCCUGCUUUCUAUCUUGCUAUUCUCAAAUUCAUGCCAGAUACCAUCAACCAAUAGCAUACUUUUCUACUUGUCUAGUCA